UUUAUCAGUUCUUUAAAAUUUAUUAAACAAUAUUUUUUCAAUUCCCCAUUGCAAUUAAUGUUUCUCGCGAUGUUUAUUCGAUUGAAAUUGGAAUGAAAUCCCCCCUUGUGUAUCGUCUGCUCCGCCGCCGUUCAUACGCGCAGGCUCCAUUAAAAUGGCGACCCUACUUGUAUAUUGCUUUUUGGUUCGCGCCUUUCGUUGUGGUGGUACUCGUGGCGAUCAUCCAUGAUGAUGAUGAUGGAGGUCCGCACCGCCGAUCGAUACGGGGAAUCGCGCGCGGGGUGACAUGGCCGCUUGCAGUCGUGCGUCCUCUUGUUCGUUCACCUCGUCACCAUCGUGUUGUUGUUUAUAAAUUCACGGACAAUUACGAAACCUUGUCUCUAUUCUAAUUUGCAUCAAGAACGUCAAAUUAAAUUCUUAACAAUCACUUCUGUUUUUUUCUGUCUCAAAAAAUUAUAUAUUCUUUAAAGCGCGCACCUGGUGAGAAACUUCACUUGUAUUUUCUCUAUAUGUAUAAAAAAGAAACUUAGUGUAUAUGUGAAACUUGUGCUCUGGUGUGACAACAAGGGCGUGGUAGUAAAUUUUCAAUACAGUUUUUCUUGUAAUGUGGGAAAAAAAAAUUACUUUUUAUUAUUUUAUAAUAUAAAUAAAGGGGGCAAAAAAAAGCCCGUGUUCGCGCCAAAGUCAGCUGCACACAAGACGACGACGACGACGAGACAGAGAACACAACCAAAGGUGAAAGUGAUGUAAGUGAAGAAAGCGGGGGACUAUUGAAGUUCGCUUCACUGUAAGUUGGCUCGUGAUUGAAGAGUGAUAGAAGGGAGAAAAUAAAUAGGAAGAAGACACGGUGGUUAUUUUAUUUAUUUAUUAUUUUUUUUUUAAAUUUUGAAAAUAUACUUUAAAAAAAAAAUAAACAUAUAUAUAUAGUAUAUAUUAGAAGAGAAUUAGAAAAAAUUUUAAGAAUAGGACGUCGAUGUCUAUGGAAGAGAUGACUUCUGUACAUAACACUGACGUCGAAAGACAAGAGAGAAUAACCGAUGACGACGAUGACGAACCAACAAGCGGCUCGGAGGCAUAUGAGGAGGGCGAUUUAUUAUCAGCGGCAAUGGAUGAUGACGUUACGGCCCAACUCGCCGCUGCAGGUUGGCAAAUCAAACACGCUAAUGGACCAAUUGGAGUUGCUGCGGCGGCCGCAAUCGUUUCCGCCAAAAAACGAAAAAGACCUCACAGUUUCGAGACAAAUCCCAGUAUUCGAAAAAGACAACAAAACAGACUUCUCAGGAAAUUGAGACAAACAAUAGAUGAAUUUGCAACGAGAGUUGGACAACAGGCAAUUGUAUUGGUGGCAACGCCGGGUAAGCCAAAUAGCAGUUAUAAAGUAUUUGGCGCAAAACCAUUGGAGGAUGUUGUGAAAAAUUUACGCAAUGCAAUAAUGGAGGAAUUGGAAAAUGCCCUCGCACAACAAGCGCCGCCGCCAGUUCAAGACGAUCCAUCGCUUUAUGAAUUGCCGCCAUUAAUUAUCGACGGAAUACCAACGCCAGUUGAAAAAAUGACACAAGCACAAUUAAGAGCGUUCAUUCCGUUAAUGUUGAAAUAUUCCACGGGACGAGGUAAACCAGGCUGGGGCCGAGAGAGUACACGACCACCCUGGUGGCCAAAGGAAUUGCCCUGGGCGAAUGUUCGAAUGGACGCAAGAUCCGAGGACGAGAAACAAAAGAUAUCAUGGACACACGCUCUUAGACAGAUAGUGAUAAAUUGCUAUAAAUUCCAUGGAAGGGAGGACCUAUUGCCGGCGUUUAGCGAGGAUGAUGACAAAUCAAAUGUGUUGUUGCAGCAAACGGUAGCGCAGACAUCGUCGCACGGUGGCGGACAAUCGCAACAUCAGACGGUGGGAGUUGUUCGACUCAGCAGCACGGGUUCAUCUAAGGGAAACUGCUCGCCACCGCAAAUCAUUGCCGCGUCACCCACAUCUCUUGCCACUGCCACUCAGUUGCAAUAUCCAACGACAGUGCUUCAAACGAUAACAAAUCCAGAUGGAACGGUAUCCCUCAUUCAAGUCGAUCCGAGUAAUCCAAUCAUCACAUUACCUGAUGGAACUACCGCUCAGGUUCAAGGAGUUGCAACGAUACACACGAGUCAAGGGGAGGUUCAAACAUUGGCGGAAGUUACGGGCGGAGCUGAGGGCACAGUUUCCGUUGAUUUGAACAGUGUGACGGAGGCGACUCUUGGACAGGACGGCCAAAUUAUUCUCACCGGCGAAGAUGGACAUGGCUAUCCAGUGUCGGUUUCUGGCGUCAUCACUGUACCAGUUUCAGCCAGUAUGUACCAAACAAUGGUGGCGAAUAUUCAAAGUGACGGUACAAUGCAAGUUGUCACGCCAAUGGUUCAAGUACCAAAAAUUGAACCCGGAAAUAAUGAGACGAGUAUUGAGGCUGUCACGAUACAAGGUCAUCCAAUGACAAUGAUAAAUGCCAACGGAGAACAUCAAGUUCUUCAGGUAAUUUCCCUUAAGGACGCCAAUGUCCUUACCAAGGCAAUGCAGAGCGAAAUCGUCAAAGACGAGGACAGUCAACAUCAGCAAAUUGUCUCCAGUCCAGAGUAAACAAAGAAAAAAAAAAAAAUUCGCAAAAAAAAAGAGAGGGAAACAAUGAAGAAAGAGAAAUUCUCCUCUUAUAACCCCUUUAACGCAUUUGCAACGUUUUUUAAAACGUUAAAUAUUUUUUUUUAUUUCUUUUAACGUCCCCUCUCCCCCUCACUCUUGGAAUAUUUUUUUUUAUUUUAUUCACGAAUUCGCAUUUUCGAUAUAUUCUACUGACAUAACCUCAAAAUAAAGAAGAGAAAAGUUUUUAUAUUCCUUGACAUUAUUUAAUAAUAAAUUGUAAUUUUUUAAUUUUGAACCUAGAUCUAAUUGUAAGGAGAAUAAAAAUUCUGAAAAACGUAUUUUAAUUUUUAUAUGGGAGAGAAAAGAAUAGAUAUCAUUUGCUUUUUUCUAAAUGCGAGAGAGAAAAAAGGAUAGAAAUAACGUUCGUACUUUUUCUAGACAAGGACAAAAUAUACUUCUAUCCUUUUCUCUCUUGUGUAAAAAUUACGAUAUGCGAUUGGAAUAUUUUUAUUCUUAAAAAAAAUUCGAAACCAAUAAUAUUAACAAUUUUUUUCCGAAAAUAUUUAUAAAAAUUCUUCGAAAUAAUUUUUUUUUUAUUUUUGUGAGUAAGAACAAUU